AUGGUGUCUAUAUUUUCUUUCAAAAUACGACUUGUUGAAAUGUCCAGACGAAAACAAGUUCAAAGCUCACUGAGUUCUUUCUUCGGAGGAAAGCAAGAUCAAGAAAGUAACACAACACCUACAAUGCCUGCUGCGCCUCCGAUCAAAAAGAAACGGAAGUUUCAAGAAUCGUGGAAAGAAAGGUACAAAUGGCUCCACUUUGAUGAAAAAGAAAACAAAAUGUUUUGUGAGUUUUGCAGGGAAUUUCCAAAUGGAAAAAACACGCAUUAUUCCCUGAGGAUCGGAACAAAUAACUUUCAAACUGACAGCUUAAAGGCACACGAGGCCAGUGAAGGACACGCUAUGAGCUCAGCAGCUAAACGUGCUAGCGAGAGACCAAGGGAG